GACAAACUCUUCUAUCUGCCAAUUCCUUCACGUCGCUGAUAUUAUCCUUCAAUGAUUGAAGAGUCCAUCUAGAUCAUUCCUUCCAGCGGGUGUACUAAAUUAGGCAUCCCCCCUUACCGUCAUCGAUCAACAACAACAAAAACGACAACAACAACAGGAAAAACUAGCCAGCACGAACCAACACAAGUCAGAUCGAAAAUCCAAAUAGACACCUGCUAAGCGAUAUGGCAUCGCAGCCAUUCGCGUCCCGCUCCUACGCAGGCGGCAAGUUACCGGACCGAUCACUGAACACGAACACAGGCCCCUUCAGCGCAUCGUCAUUCGCGCGCCAUCGAGGCCUCGGAGGCCUUUCAGCAGGACCGGGAGACUUUGGAUCUGAAACAGUCACGGCGGGUGGGAAGCAGACGCAAAGCGCAUCUGCCCCGGCAGUACACUCGCAGAGUCAUGGGCCGGCAGGGCAGGAUACGAAUCCGCUGAAUCGGUUAACGGAGGAGCAGAGGGAGGAGAUCAAUGAGGCAUUCACUCUCUUCGAUCUCGAUCGCGACCGUCACUUGGACUACCAUGAACUCCGCGUCGCAUUCCGCGCCCUGGGAUUCACUCUCCCCAAACAGGAGCUCAUAACCCUCCUAACUACCUACGGAGUGCCCCGUCCGCAAGUCCAACAGCAGUCCUCUUCAGCAGGGAAUCAACAGCACCAGCAAGCAUCAUCAUCAUCCUCCAAAACAUCCGCAGCAGCAGCGUCUACGAAUCCUCAACACCCAUCGAACCUCCUCAUGCCGCUCACAGCAUUCCAGGCCGUCGCGGCGUUGAAGAUCCUAGAGCGAGACCCCCGCGACGAGAUAUUGCGGGCGUUCGAACUCUUCGACGAGGGUGGAAAGGGGUACAUUGAUCUCGAGGAUCUGCGGAGGGUUGCAAGGGAGCUGGGCGAGACGGGCCUCGAAGAGGAGGAGUUGAGGGCCAUGAUUGAGGAGUUCGAUCUUGAGGGUGUCGGUGGUGUUACUCGGGAAGCCUUUGUGAGUAUUUGUUGGCAGUGACCGAGCUUGCUCUGUGUUUCGUGGGUACUGGGGUUCAACCCUUCACUUCUUUCGUCGUUUCCUUUUCUUUUCGUGUCAGUAUGCCUUCCCCCCCUUGUUUUCUGCUGUAUCCAUGGGCAUUGGGUUGGUGUUUGGUCCUCUAUUAUAUUACCAUUAUCUAUCAUGUUCCAAGGAUUACAUCCCAGAAUUAUUCAUGUAUCUGACUGUUUUGUCCUGGAUGCGGCCUGUUCAAUCAAGGUGUUUAUAUGCUUGCAUGCAGUUAUAAUAACGGGCAAACAAGCUUCCUGGUGGAUCUCUCUUCUCCCUGAAUCUAACCCUCUCUAGAGUACAUU